AUGGGCGCUAUUUCAUCAUCAUCAUCAUUUACAUUAGAUAAUACGAAUCAAACUACAAAUGAUCAAAUAGAAAUACCAGAUAACAAGAAAGAUUAUAUAAAACGUCGUCGUAUAUCAAUUAUAAAUGAAUAUUUGCUUAGUACGUCAACACAUGGUCUAAAAAGUUUAGGUUUAGCUUAUAAUCCUUUUCAUUUUCUAUUUUGGUUUUUAACAUUUCUAUUCGCAUGUGGUUUAAUGUUAUAUUUUAUUGUUCUAUGUAUAAUUGAAUAUUAUCAUUAUCCAACUCAAACAAUAAUUGAAAUUAGAUCUGAAACUGAAAUAAAUUUUCCAGCCAUAACAUUUUGUAAUUCAAAUCCAUUUCGUUAUGAUAAAAUUAAUGAAUCAUAUAAUAAUUAUUUACUAAAUACAAAUUGUUCAUAUACUAAUAAUACUGUCUAUUGUAUGAAACAGUUUAUAAAUGAUUUGUUUAAUUCUAAUAAUCAAACACAAAUAAUUAAUUAUGGUUAUGAUAUAAAUGAUUUAUUAGUCGAUUGUAAUUAUAAUAUAUUAGACUGUAGUAAUAAAUCAAAAUAUUUUCCAUUUAUAUCUCCAUCUUAUGGUAAUUGUUUUACAUUUAAUGCACAAAUAUUAUCAAAUAAUAGUGAAAAUAAAUUAUUAUUAGCAGCAACAACAACGAGUACUGGUAAUAAUAAUACAGAAUUAACUGAUUCAUCAAUGAUUUAUUUUUAUGGUGGUGGUACAAAUUGUUUAUUUAUGUCAUUUUAUAUAAAUGAAGAUUUAUAUUAUCCAAAUUUGUAUACAUCAAAAGGUUUAACAGCUAUUAUACAUAAUAAUAAUGAAAUACCAUUAAUUGAUUCAAAAGCAUUCUAUUUUGCACCCGGUUAUACACAUAAUUUAGUAUGGUCUAAAUCUAUAUCAACAUAUCUUCAACCACCAUAUACAAGUUGUACAAAUAGAAUUGGUGACGAUAUGAAAGCAUUAUAUGAUACAUACAAUGGUGUUCAAUAUUCCUAUUCUCAAACUGUCUGUUAUGAAUUAUGUAAACAAACUUAUAUUUAUAUGAACUGUCAAUGUGUAUCAAGUUUAAUAUUAACUAUUCAAAAAUUAUUUAUUAAUAAUCAAUUAAUACAAGUGAAUAUGUGUUCAAUCUAUCCUACUCUAACACAAAUGAUAUGUGCAUAUUCAGCUAUAAAUAAUUUUACAAAUGAUUUAACAGCACAAUCAAAUCUAUGUGGACAUUGUCAACAAGAAUGUGAAAUAACAACAUAUACAUCACAAAUAACAUCAUCACAAGAUUCAUUAGCUGAUGAUGGUCUUAAAGCAUUAAUUGAACAAACAAUUAUGAAAUAUAGAGAAUUACCUGAAAAUUGGACAAAUAAUUGGCAAACAUAUAUUGACAAUAGUUAUUUACAAUUACAAAUAUGUCCACAAUCAGAAUUCGUUCAUCAUUAUAAACAAGAGCCAAGUUUGUCAUGGACAGAUGUUAUAUCAAGUGUAGGCGGACAAACAGCAUUGUAA